AUGGCGGGACAGGACUCAGAGACGUUCUCGAUUGCGGGGCAGGCGCUCAAGCUCACGAGCCGGGCGGACAUGGAGGCGCAGCUGGGCGGGCUGGCGGAGCGGAAGGUGGUGCGGAAGAUAGACCUGUCGGGCAACACGCUGGGGGCGGAGGCGUCGGCGGCGCUGGCGGAGGCAAUGCGGCAGCACGCGUGUGUGCGGGAGCACGUGGAGGAGGUGAACUUCGCAGACCUGUACACGUCGCGGCUGGUGGAGGAGGUGGUGGAGUCGCUGCAGGUGCUGCUGCCGGCGCUGCUGGCGUGCCCCCGGCUGGCGGUGGUGAACCUGUCGGACAAUGCGUUCGGGCUGCGGACAAUCGAGGCGCUGGAGCAGUACAUUGCGCACGCGGUGGGGCUGCGGGAGCUGCUGUUGGCCAACAACGGGAUGGGCCCGUUCGCGGGCGAGCGCAUCGGGCGGGCGCUGUACGCGCUGGCAGUACGGAAGCGCGAGGCGGGGCGGCCGCCGCUGGAGGUGUUUGUGUGCGGGCGGAACCGGCUGGAGAACGGCUCUGCGCGGUGCCUGGCGCUGGGGCUGAAGAGCCACGGCGAGGGACUGCGCACGGUGCGCCUGUACCAGAACGGCAUCAGGCCGAGCGGCAUUGCGACGCUGAUCCGCCACGGGCUGCGGCACAACCGCAAGCUGGAGGUGCUGGACCUGCAGGACAACACGCUGACGCAGGGUGCGUCGGAGGUACUGGCGGACGCGCUGCCGGUGUGGAAGGACACGCUGCGUGAGCUGAACGUCAAUGACUGUCUGCUCAAAGCGGGCGGCUGCGAGAGCGUGUUGCGCGCGCUGGGGGCGCACAAGUUUGCCGUCCUGGACACGCUGAAGCUGCAGUACAACGAGAUGGAGCAGGCAGCGCUCGAGAACAUUCUCUUGCCCGCGCUCGAGGGCGAGAACCUGGGCGCUUUGCAGUCCCUGGAGCUGAACGGCAACCGGCUGGAGGAGGACUCUGAGGCGCUACAGACCCUACAGGAUGUGUUUAAGGGCGAGCUCGACGACCUGGACGACCUGGAGGAACCGGACUCCGACGCCGAGGAGAGCGACGAGUCCGAGGAGGAGGCCCUGGACGACUUCGACGUGGAGGCGCUCGAGAAAAGCCUCGGCGCGUUCCAGGUCGACGAGCUCGCGGAGAAAAUUGCGGGUACGCAUCUCUGA